CAGCCGCCGCGGCCCUUUGGCCAGUCCCCGGCUCCGAGCCGCAGGCCGCCACCGCCGCCGCCUACCCGUCCCCAGAGCAUUCUGGGCCGACCCUAGGCGCCGGGAACGCGCGCCCAGCCGGCGCUACCUGGGCCCUCCAGAUGGACCUCCAGACUGUACCUUCAAGAAAAUCCCCCCACAAAUAGCAGGUUUGGAGAAAGGAUGCUGCUGAAGAAAUAAAAGCAAUCACAAGGAACAAUUAGAAAGGAUUAAAAAAUGUCCUAUUCAAAUGUCCCACCUGAAAACCCAGAAAAUCCAGAAACAGCAUAUUUCUCUGUUGAAAAUGCUAGUGAUCUAGGAAGAAGUACUGAGGAAAACCCUGAAAAUUAUGCUCACCAGAACACCACCUCACAGAUAAAUUACUUUGAUAAUGUAGCUCGUAGACUUUCUUUUUCUGAUGAAGAAGAAGAAGAUACCUUUGACCAGUUUGGAGGAUAUACUAACUAUGAAGACACUGGCAAUAUGCCAGGAGCAGUAGCUGAUCAAUUUCCAUUUGGUCAGUCAGGAGAAAUGCCUGAGUACUACUACCCACCAGAGGAGGCAGCAUGGUAUGGCUGGUUUGCUGACUUUGGUGACGAAGAAGAAGAUGAGGGUGAGGGUGAGGAUGAAGAAGAUGAGGGUGAGGAUGAAGAAGAUGAGGGAGAACAUGAAGAAGAUGAGGGAGAAGAAGAGGAAGAGGAAGAGGAAGAGGAUGAAGAAGAAUUAAUGAUGCUGCUUACUCCACAAACUUCUAUAGACUCUAAUAAAAGAAUCCUACGAUAUGAGAGUUACACUGGCAACGAAGAAUUCCAAGUUAAGAUGAAUUCUAAGAAUUUGCAGGAUUUCCCCCAAAGCCUUUUUAAAACGCAGGAAGUAAAAUAUCUCUAUUUAGAUAAAAACAAAAUAAAAACGUUUGAAGUAGAGCCAGACAUGGUGGGUCUUGAAAUACUGUCCAUGAAAGAAAAUGAAUUAAUAGCCCUACCACCUGAAAUUAAUAUGCUUUGUAAUCUAAGUGUGUUAAGUGUCAGUCACAACCAACUGGCCUCCCUCCCAGCACAACUAUCACAGCUUGUCAAACUGAGACAACUUUUCUUGGAUUAUAAUAAUUUUUGGGAAUUUCCUGCUAUACUAGAAAGGCUUACAAUGCUGGAACUUUUAAGCUUGUCUGGAAAUUACCUACAAGUCCUGCCACAAACGACAGCCAAUAUGAAAAAUUUAAAGAUUCUGAAUCUCAGCUCAAAUCAGUUUUCAAUAUUUCCCAAUAUCCUUUGCUACCUUUCAAAGCUAGUUAAGCUAAGAAUCUCAAAAAACUUCAUAAGCAGUUUGCCGAAAGAAAUUAAACAGCUUAAGAAUUUGGAAGAACUUUUCCUAGACCACAAUCAACUGACAUUUUUACCUGUGCAAAUCUUUCGGCUGAUAAAACUAAGAAAGCUCGAUUUGGUUCAUAAUAAACUGGACAUUCUUUCUCAUAACAUUGAGAACUUCAAAGAUCUGAAAGCCCUCUUACUUGACAACAAUUUAUUGAAAAAUCUAGGUAAAGAAAUUUACUCCUGUGCUCAACUAGAAUAUCUUAGCCUUAAUGACAAUUUCUUAGAAAAAAUUCCCAACAACAUUUACAGACUCAAAAACCUGAGAGAACUCCAUAUCAAUCGAAAUAAAAUGACAGUCCUAAGUGAAGACAUCUCUCAUUUGAAAUAUAUCAGGGUGCUAAACUUUUCUGGAAACAUAAUCAAAGAAGUUCCAGUUGAACUCAAAAACUGCUCGCAGAUGAGGAAAGUGGACUUGAGCUUUAAUAAAAUAUAUUCUUUCCCAGUAGGCCUUUGUGCUCUGAGUUUUCUUGAAUAUUUGAACCUUAAUGGAAAUGAGCUUUCAGAAAUACCUGUUGAUCUUUCAUACAGUAAACAGUUGAUUCACUUAGAAUUAAAUCAAAAUGAUUUCGCCUACUUUUCUCACCACAUAUGUAAACUUAAAAACCUUAAUUUCUUAAAUCUUAGUAAGAACAAAAUACAUCACAUUCCAUCAUCCAUCUCCAAUAUGACAUCUCUCCAGGUGCUUCUUUUAAGUGACAAUAAAUUUGAAAUUUUCCCCCAAGAACUGUGCACUUUAGGAAACCUACAGAUACUCGAUAUUUCUGAAAAUCAAGUACAAUUUAUCCCUUCUGAAAUCAGUAAUCUACAAGUGAUCCAAAAGUUGGACAUCUCAAGCAACAGAUUUGAGAGUUUUCCAAAUGAAUUGUGUCAGCUUUCCACCCUGACAGAGUUGAAAUUAUGCCAAAAGAAUGGAUGGAAGUUAAACCAAGUUUCAGAGGAGCUGACUAAUUUGAUUCAUCUCAAAAUCCUUGAUAUUUCACAUAACAAUAUAAAAGAAAUUCCAAAGAAUAUAGGAGAAUUAAAAAGGUUGGCCACUUUCAAUGCCAGUAACAACCUGAUUCAUAUUCUUCCGCCAUCUUUUGGAUCUUUAAACAAGCUCCAGCAACUGGACAUGAGUGAAAAUCGUCUGACAACAUUGCCUACUAAUCUCAGUAGCCUCCCUUCACUGAAGGAAAUAAAUUUUGAUGGGAACCCUUUGAUUAGACCUCCACCUGAAGUCUGUAGAGGGAAAGAUUUAAAUGUUAUUGGACAUUAUCUAGAGAAGGCGGAUGACCGAGAUGAGAAAAUUUUGCUGAAGAUCUUCAAGAUGAUUUCCCAAAAUCUAAAUAAAGGAGACUUUGAAUUUUUCUGUGAAAAGCUACAACUGAAAAAGCCAGUGAUUGAAGUUCUACUGAAGAAGACUGCUACUAAAUUGCCAGAAGCAAUUCUUGAAGCACUCAACAUAUGGAAAGUGGAAAAAGAUCCCCCGCUAACUGCUGCUGUAUUGCGAGACCAACUUAUAAGAAUAAUAAAAUGUCCACCCUACAUCUUCUCUCCUAUUCCUUUCCUUGGUCAUGCAAUAGCAUUUGGGAAAAGUCCUAUUGAAUUUCUAGAAAAUGCAUAUGAGAAGUAUGGACCUGUAUUUAGUUUUACAAUGGUGGGCAAGAAGUUUACAUACCUCCUUGGCAGUGAAGCUGCUGCCCUGCUCUUCAACAGCAAGAAUGAAGAUUUGAAUGCAGAAGAUGUUUAUGGCCGGCUCACUACACCAGUCUUUGGAAAGGGAGUUGCUUAUGAUGUGCCCAAUCCAGUAUUCUUGGAACAAAAGAAAAUGUUAAAAACUGGCCUUAAUAUAGCCCAAUUUAAACAACAUGUUUCCAUAAUUGAAAAAGAAACAAAGGAAUACUUUGAAAGCUGGGGAGAAAGUGGAGAAAAAAACUUAUUUGAAGCCCUUUCUGAGCUAAUCAUUCUCACGGCUAGCCACUGUUUACAUGGAAAAGAAAUCAGAAGCCAGCUGAAUGAAAAAGUGGCCCAGCUCUAUGCAGAUCUAGAUGGAGGCUUCACCCAUGCUGCUUGGCUCCUGCCAGGUUGGCUGCCUUUGCCCAGUUUCAGGCGCCGGGACCGAGCACAUCAAGCAAUCAAAAGCAUUUUCCAUAAUGCAAUCCAGAAACGUAGGGAGUCAAAAGAAAAAUAUGAUGAUUUCCUCCAAACUUUGCUAGAUUCUACCUACAAGGAUGGGCGCUCUUUGACAGAUGAUGAAAUUGCAGGGCUGCUUAUUGGACUUCUGUUAGCAGGGCAGCACACGUCAUCCACCACCAGUGCUUGGAUGGGCUUCUUUUUGGCCAGAGACAAAACACUUCAGGAAAAAUGUUACUUAGAACAGCGGAGUGUCUGUGGAGAAGAUUUGCCUCCUUUACACUAUGAUCAGCUCAAAGAUCUACAUAUGUUAGAUCGCUGCUUAAAAGAAACAUUGAGACUCAGACCUCCUAUCAUGACUAUGAUGAGACUGGCCAAAACUCCCCAGAUGGUGGCCGGCUAUACUAUUCCUCCGGGCCAUCAGGUGUGUGUGUCGCCCACCGUUAACCACAGGCUGAAAGACUCCUGGAGAGAGCGCCUGGACUUCAAUCCUGACCGGUACUUGCAGGAGAACCCUGCGUCGGGGGAGAAGUUUGCCUACGUGCCCUUCGGAGCUGGUCGGCAUCGUUGUAUUGGUGAGAACUUUGCGUAUGUUCAGAUUAAGACAAUUUGGUCCGUCCUGCUCCGCUUAUACGAAUUUGAUCUUGUUAAUGGAUAUUUUCCUACAGUGAAUUAUACAACCAUGAUUCACACGCCGCAUAACCCAAUAAUCCGAUACAAACGAAGAACAAUAUGAAAAAAAGAGGAAAAACACGCUUGUGAUAUUGUGAACUUUAAAGUCUUUGCACUGAAUGAAGUUUGCAAAAUGACAUUAAAAUGUACUGGGUUUUUGGGUGUGCAAUUCUAAAAGAAAACUAAUUUGUUAUAAUUUUAUUUGUUUACAUGAGUAUAAUGCCGUUCUUCAUCUUUUACUUGCAACCCUGUAAGUGACUGGAGAGAAGCUCAUUGAAACAUUCUAAAAUUAGUAAGAAAGAGCCAUCUCUAGAACAGUUAUUUUUAAGGGUAGUUUUCUAAUAUAAAGUUUGAGAAAAUGAGGUAUAUAUUCAAACGGAGAGUGAGGGAGGGAGUCUGCCUGCCCUAGACUGUUUAUCUCAAUGAAUGUGAUAGGCACUCUCCUUGAAUGAUUGAUGAAUUUUUAAGAAAUUAGGUAGUGCAUUGAAAUCAGAAUAGUUGUAUUAAAAAUCUUCAUGCUAUAGUCAGACUCGGGUUACAUGGGGGAAAUAGAAUUCCUCCAAAAGAACCAAUUUCCUACAAAUUGUGUCAUCAGAAAAUCAGAUGGGGGGGGGCACCCAAACAAGGUUGUUAGGCUUUUUUUCUUUAAGGCUAACCAAAAAAAAUACUGCAAGAAAGGAAACUAAAGUCUUUGCUCUUGAAUACAAAUUGACAAAUUUUUAUACCUACUAUUCAUUUAUUAGGUGAUGAUAGGGUCUUCCAGCCUAGGUGACAGUCUCAGGAGACGACUGAAACCACGUACACUCGAGAGCCUGUACUUCCGCUGCUUCAGCAGAAUUGAGGAAAGGCUCUCUUGUCCAAAAUUCCUCUUUGGAUUUCUGGGAGAGAAAAGGGUGCCAGCAGUUUGGAUGGUACCAGAUCUGUUAAUAUUUUGAAUGGGACUAGUUCCUUCUUUAUCUGGCUCAAAUAGGAACACCUCCUCCCCCCCCCCCCCCACUUCCCUGGACCAGUUCCAAGCAACUAAGACUGCAGCCUCAGUGUCCCCUGGAUUAAGCCCAGCCAUUAUUGAUCUAAUCGAAUUGCCUGAAAUCUAAUAAAUGUAGACAUCUGUUUUGAUUGAGCUGAAAGAGAACUCAAUAGAGCCAAAUCGUGAAGUUGGAGUCAACACAGAUCCAUGUAUAAGUUCUAACUUGAAACUUUGUACUAGGGGUGUGUAUGUGUGUGUGACUGUACUGAUACUGUGUAUUUGAGUGCACCAUUUGUUCUUACUAGGUAAGGCCGAAAUACUUCAUCCUUGAAAUAUCAUGUAUGCUCCAGUCAUGGUCGUAGUUAACUUAAAAUAGUUUUCAGGACUCAUUAAAUGUAAUUAAGGUUCUGCUGUCAAUUUUUCACAUUAAAAACAUUUUGAAUAAAAUGA